CUCUAAGAGCCGAGGGUCUGGGUUUUUCAGGGGUGAAUAAACGUGUAUUUCCUGCCGUAUUGCAGAAGUAGCAGGAACAUGAAUAUUCCUCCUCGGACGUCGACGGAUGUUGGUGGUUUUGUCUUCGAGACAACACAGAUUAGAAAUACACUUUGAAUGUUGUUAGAAUCUGUCGACUCUCCUCUUUGUGUUUCAUGUUCUUGUGAGAUCGUACGUGACUCAGCCGGAGCUGGAAGGUCUCUGAUAUUUCUUUUAAAGUAAAAGGACCCAACUUUGCAUUUUGGGUCAUUUAUUAAACGUCUAUCUGCUCUUUUACUCACAUGUUGCUCUGUAUUUCCAUGAAUCUAAGACGCUGCUAAACACUCAUCAGUUCACACGCAGCAGUGAAGGUUUGUGUCAUGUCAUGUGACUGUGCCAGAGCAGGAGUACAGGGAGCGAGCGGUGAGCAGGGUUGUCAUGGUUUCCACAUGGACAAGAACAGUUGAAAAUCAUUUACAGCUUUUCUUCCUCCUGAAGGUUGAAACUGAGAGAAAUGCCGUCCCACAAUUCCUUGCUGCAGCAACAUUUAAAACUAAAUCCACAAAUAUGGAUUUAUUGUCUUUAGAUCCAGUCAGGAGUCGUCACGAAGAACAAGCGGAUUUAUCUAAAGGGGGGUUUAUCCUCCAUGUUAUAAAUAAAGUUGGUUCUUCUUCACAUCUUUGGCCUCAUGGCGUUUUUCCGACGACUUUUCCCGCCUCUGUUCAGGUCUAUAGACGAGAUCCACGGGGCGUUUAUUUUGGCAGAAGUUUGAUUUCAGCCAAACAGAGCAGAGCGUCGAUAACGUCGCCAUCAACAGUCAGAGAGAAGCGGCUCGGCGGUUUUCUCACUGACAGCGUGAUGAGUAAAUGUAAACCACGUGUUUCACCACCAGGCCAGCUGUGAAACCAGAACAGCAGAGGAACGUGUGACGUGUGUGGCGUCCUAACUGAAAGCGUGCACACCCAGCAGGACGUGCACGCUGCAGCAACACAUCUGUUCAUCUGUCUAACAAUGCAGCAGCGCUGGUCAAAGUGGUCAAAGUAGACAGAAGGAAGGGUGUGGCCAACUCCUGACAAGACCCCCAUCGCCCAAUCAGGUGGGAGGUAAAGCUGGGGGGCGGGGCGGGUAUUAAACUCUGUGGCAGCUCAGAAGUCUCAUCAGUCAGGAGGGAGAAGAUGCUCCUCAUGGCGCUGUUUCUGUUUGUUCUGGCUCUGGUACCCCUCAUCUGUUCUCAUGUCACUGAAGCUGCACAGGAAGUGAAAGUGAAGCCCGGAGAAGACGCCACUCUUCACUGUGGUCGUGACGGCGCUACCAUUGGAGUGUUGACCUGGAAGAAACUAAACAUCUAUCUCCUCUUCUUCCGGGACAAUCACUUGGUCGCGAACUUUCAGGAUCCGUCUUAUCGUGAUCGAGUGGCGCUGAUAGAUCCAGAGCUGAAGAGCGGCGAUGGGUCUGUGGUUCUGAGGAACAUCACCUUCGAAGACGCUGGGAGAUAUGAGUGUUAUCUUAAAGAGGAACAACUAGGACGCAACAAGAGAGACACUGGCAUCAGAAGUGUCAUCGAUCUGAUCGUGGAAGACGAUCGUGGACCGACCGUGGACGGAGGAAACGAGGACGGACAUGUUGGAUUGAUGGUUGGUCUGUCGGUCGCUGGUGGUGUCGUUGCUGUUGCUGUUGCUGCUGCUGCUGUUAAAUGCAGAAAGCGACCACCAUCAUCACCUGCUGAUGAUGGAUGUGACCUUUGACCUGUCUGAAAUUUCUCCGACCUCUUCUCUCUUUUCCAUGUGUGUGAAGGUGCCAAAGCAGCUGCUGGUUUGUAGCGUUUUUUCUUUUCUAGCUGCUUGUUCAUGAGAAAACACACAAAUCAAAACAUGUUGAUUAUGAGAGAAAUGUUAUUAAUGUGUAUAUAUAUAUAUAUAUAUAUGUGUGUGUGUAUAUAUAUAUAUACACAGAAGGAAAAGUAAACGUACAGAGCUUUAGACCCGAGACUUGCACUCGACAAUUUGCACAUAUCGAAACUGUAAGAAAACUCUAACGUUGACGACACUACGGUACUUUAAGUUACCUGAACAGCUCCUGAAAAGUCUGUCCAGCUUUUUUCUGUUGCUGUAGUUUUCAUAGUAAGCUUUGAAAAAACCUCUAAGAGUGGUACAACGUCCCACAAUGCAGCUGGGGUAUUUGCUGUCGAGCCUGGAUCACAUUAAACAGACUGGGAGAUUAUAAAAGCUAGUUGACGUCCUGUUACGAACGGUCCAUUUGUUCCUCAUAUUGUUGCUUAUGUCAUUAAGUUAUGUUUAGUUUUGUGUGAAUAAAUGAUAUAUUUAUGUGCUGCUAACUGGGAAAAACUUCUAAAUCCCCCUUUGUAAAAGUUUGUGUUGAAAAAGGAAAUCCUAGACUUGAAGAGAUGUGGGACCAUUCACUGUCUUCCUGAAGUACGUGUCUUUUUGAUAUUCAAUACAAACCACGCACAAAGACAUGGGCUCUAUCCAUGACACUCAACAACACACAAAGAGCUUAAAGUUUCUCAUCGUUUCAUUCCAACCUAUUUUCUCUGGAAGUUGGACUCUUUGUCGAUAAAAAGGAAUCAGAAAUAAAGACAAAAAAACCCAAGAGAAACAUGUGCCGUGUUUAUUUUUAACCUGCAACUCUGGGUUUGAACUAAGAAAUGAAAACUUGGUUCAGUGGACGAGCUUGGAUAUGGAAGAGGGUGAUUCCCCAUCUGGAGCCAUGUCUGGAAAUGUCCCUGUUUUUCACAGUCAAUUUAAAACAGAUGUCUAGUGCUUGUUUAGGCCAGCAGAAGUAGCUAGCUGCUAGCUGUAGCAUUCAGCUGCUAGCUGUAGCAUUCAGCUGCUAGCCGUAGCAUUCAGCUGC